UUAUACUGCAGCUCAGGCGGCGGCUCUUCAGUAGAGUGUUGGACGUGACUGUGGGAGGUGUUGCUCCGGUGGCCAGGGAUUUUAAUAAGAGAGUUCUGUUGGAACGUUGGACACAGAUUUUAGUGAGCGUCGCGUCCAGAGCGGGUCGGCCAUGGCCAGGUAGCAUCGUCAGCCCGCGGUGGUAACUCCCCGACGUGUUAUCACCCUCCGCAUCCCUCAUCACCUCCCGCCCUGCCUGCGUGCCUGGCCGCCUCCACCAUGAACUCCGUGCAUCGGGGACUCAGUCUCUACGAGUUUCUCACGGAGGCUGAGUUGCAACACUACUUCAAUAACUUCAAGAAUAACCUUAAGGUACAAAAUGUUAGUCAGAUCAAGUUUGUGACAGAUGAGGAUCUGCAGGCACUGGGCAUGUCCCGGCCUGAGGUCCGGCGACUCAAGAAGUAUUUCCACAAGUACUGUCCACAGACCUACCUUUCCAAAUUUAAGAAAAUCCUGUUGGCACGACGUGAAGGGAAUGAUGAAGGAGAGGUGGUGGUGCCGGAUGAGACAGGGGAGCGACCUAGUGUUCGUGUCCCCAGCAAGCACAUCAUCCCAGCAGAUGCUAUUGUGAUCAAUAAGGAGCUUGGUGUUGGAGAGUUUGGAGUGGUGCAGCAGGGAGUAUGGACCAAUGAGGAGGGAGAGCGGAUCCAGGUGGCCAUCAAGUGCCUGAGUAAAGAACGGAUGCAGACACAACCCAUGGAGUUCCUAAAGGAGGCAUCCAUAAUGCAUAACAUCAACUCGGAGCAUAUUGUUCGCCUUUAUGGUGUGGUAUUGGACACUAAUGCUCUUAUGUUGGUGACAGAGCUGGCACCAUUGAGGUCCCUCCUAGAAUGCAUCAAAGAACCAUCCCUUCGUGUCAGCUUUCCCGUCGUGUCCCUGUGCCACUUCUCCAUCCAGAUCUGUGAUGGAAUGUCUUAUCUGGAAGAGAAGAGACUUAUACAUAGAGAUCUAGCAGCAAGAAACAUCCUGGUUUUUUCCAAGAACAAGAUCAAGAUUUCAGACUUUGGACUGUCAAGAGCAUUGGGUGUUGGCAAGGACUACUACCAGACCAACUUUAAUGUUAACCUGAAGCUUCCAAUAGCAUGGUGUGCUCCUGAGUGUAUCAACUACCUGCGAUUCACCUCAGCCUCAGAUGUUUGGGCAUUUGGAGUGACGCUGUGGGAGAUGUUCAGCUACGGAUUUCAGCCUUGGGCAGCUCUUACUGGACAACAGAUCCUAGAGGCCAUUGAUGAGCCAAACUUCCAGAGAUUGGAACAGCCUGAGGCAUGUCCACGAGAAUACUACAACAUAAUGCUCAAGUGUUGGCAACAUGACCCAGCCAAGAGACCCAGAUUUGAUGACCUUAUGAAUAUCCUCCCUGAGUGCAAACCAGAGCAAGUUCAGGUGGUGAGAGAAAAUGAUGACCCUCCUUCAACACCUGGAGGAAAGAGGGAUCGUUUGCAGUACAGAGUUGGGGAUGUCAUCACUGUGCUAGAUAAGAGACCAGUGCCAGACAACCCUGCCAUUUGGAAGGGUGUUCUCAACUCUGGCAAGACAGGCCACUUCAACCCAGCCAACACUGUCACCUAUCUGGGCACCAACAUUCCCUCCAACAAAUCUAACUUCCAGAGAGGAGAUGGGAAGAAUCCUUACUCCUCAAGACGACGUCUCCGGCCAGAAAUGAUCUCUGGGCCACAGGGAGACCUGAAACACACUGGUCAUGUGGGUCUGGAUGGGGCCUACUUUGGCGAUGUCUCCUUCCUCGGAGAUAAGGUCCAGGAUGGCAGAUUUGUUCAAAAAAAGCUUGAUAAGUACCAUCAGCUGCCCAAGCAAAUUGUAACUCCCUACAAGCCCUCCGAUGAUCAUGACCAGACCCCAUCCUUGACCCGUGCUAGCUCAGAUGUGUCUGACAGAGCUCCGUUGCUGAAGAAGGUUGGUGAUGAGGGUAAAUCAGGGCCUGCAGCGGAGCACAACUGGUCCGACACAGCAAGUGAGGAGCAGCCCGACAGUCCUGCUCGUUCCCGCCAAACUGACCACGAGUACCAUGAGAUUUCAGACGAGGAGGAUGAGCCAGUGUCCAAACCAUUCCGCUGCAGUUCAUUUGACCUUGGCCCAAGCUUAAUGGAUGAGGUUUUCAAGGCACUGGGAGGAUCAUCAACUGAAGACACUGACUCUUUAGACCCACCAGCUUCUCUGCCACCCCUCACGCCAACACAUCCUACCCAGGCACUGCUAGAGGAUAAUGAGACCCACAAUGUCAAGAAUGAGCUCAAAGAGAUUGCAUCCAAGCUCACUGGCAAAGACAACUCUAAAAAGAAACAAGCAACAGUUAAACCCAUCUCAGCAGCUGACCAGCGUACUUUGGAUUCAGCAAUAGCAAUGGCCAAUGAACUUGCCUCUAAGAGUAUGUCUGAGCUGGAAUGCAAUCCAGAGAGUCCAGGUGAUUCUGAAGGAAUUCCAGACUCCCCCAUUACCCCAUCCUCCCCUACAAAACAUCCUGGAGGCUCUCGCUUCUCCUUCAAGUUUUCAAUGAAGGGAAGCCCUAAACCAGAGAGAAGACACUUCAGUGCUGAAGCUGCUUCAAUUCCAGACAUUCAGUCAAGCAUAUCAGAAGAGGCCAGGGAAGUGUACAACUCCCUGGUGGAGCGGCCGGGGCUCGACCCCGACUCCCUAGGGUGCCGAGUGGAGCCUGAUUCACCCCCUGCCAGUGACCCAGAGCCAGCUGAGCACAAUCCACUAAGAAUGCUUCGAGCAGGUGUCACAGUGCGACCAAAAAUUAGAGGAAACAAGCACAACCUCGGGGGUAGCAUGGGCUUCAGCACCAUUGAGCGAAGCCAUGGUAUGCGAGCAGCUGGGGUGAAGGAAGGCCUUAGCAUAUCAACUACCAACUCUUCUGACCUUUCCACUCACCAAACUCCCAAGGGUUUCAAACAUAACAAAGUCCCACCACCUGUUAAACCUAAGCCAUCACCACUUGUCAUACCCAACUCAGCACAUCGAAGCAGCAGCAGUGAUGCUGACAUUGCCACUAGUCCAGAUGGCUACAGCUUGGAUGGUAGCAGCCAGGAUGCUGUAAACCUCCUUCCCCUGCCCCCACGGGAUCGCACACGACCCAAUGCCAGCUUGACCAAACCCCGGCAUCAACGCAAACACCCACUCAUCAUCCCUGGUGGUGUGACAAACUCACUGCUCCGUGGAGGUGGCCAUGCCUCUGCCCUUAAUUCAGGGGACAAGCAAGAUACUCCUGCUGGCCGCCUUGUUAUCCAACACACACACAAUCCUCAGCUAGAGUCACACAGCACUCCUGAUAAUGUUUCCAGCACACUACAGGCUGCUGAAAGUCAAGAGGAGGAUGAGGUAACUGGUGGCCUAGGGACAAGACUUCCACCAGCCAAGCCACCGAGAUUGUUCACAAGCCCCAGUUCCCUCAAUGACAGUUUUGAAAGCCAAGUUGCAAGUGAGAUGGAUGCUCUUGAUGACAUACAGGAGGAGGACCUGAGUGUAUCACCUCCUGGACCCCAUCCUCCACCAUACCCAAGUAGUGGAAGCAUCCCAGAACCACACACUCCCUCCCCAGACCUGUCUCUACCAUCCAAUGGCUUCAGAGAGAGGCUUGGGGGAGGGAGCAGUGGUGGCAGCUCCCUAUACCAAUAUGGGGAUCACGUUUCUUGUGAAGAUCUACUUGACUUUGCAAUGGAUCGACCUAACUCACGGCGUACUCAAGGGCCAGCACGAGGCACCCAAUCUGAUGAGGUGCACAUUAUGCAGAAGGUUCUCAAAAAUGAGCAUGUGUCCCCAGAGGAAUGUGUUGUGGCUCUCAACGAGUGUGAGUGGGAUGUACACCGUGCGCUCAAGCUUACCAGGCUACAGCUUCUCAUCCCAUCUCACCGUGUUUCCCUAGAAGCAGCCCGCAGCACCCUUGCUUCAUUUUCCUGGGAUGUGGGCAAAGCUGCCUCAUACCUUGUGGCCACACAAGGCAUUAGUGAGGAUACAGCACAAGUUUGAAUCAUUAUUAUCUUAUUUAUAAAUAAUUCAGCACUACAUUAAAGGGAGAUGAUAAUGAAGUGCCCCUAAGUACUCAGUGAUGCCAGUACUGUUUCAAAAAAGAAGGAAUGUUAUCUUUUCCAUAUAUGAUGCAUAUAAUCAUUUACAGUCUUUCAGUCAUUCUGGAGGGAAGCUGUGUUAAGACCAAGGGUUCUGUUGUCCUGGAAGGAGACAUUGUCUUCAAUAUUUUUAACUGUUUAUUCAUGCCUUCACAGUUUUAUUUCAUAAUGUUGUACAUGUGAAGGAGUGAUAUUUUGUAGUGACAUGCAAGUUGUGCCUCACUUCCAAACCCAAUGCAACACAGCUGUCUUCUAAAAGCUAGUAUUCCAUGCAUCUUACACAAUGAUCAAAAACACACAUAACUUGAAAAGUGGAAUAUCUUGAAAGGCUGAGAGGAAGAAGGUGGGAAGUCUAAAACAAGUACAUAAUAUACAUAUUUAUAAGACAGAAGUGUAGCAAAAUAGCUGAAAAAUGACCAAUUUACACCCAUCAUCCCAGUGGACCUCAGAUCCCAAAUGAAGUGCAGAGAAAUGCAUGUGAUGGAAAAGAGUGCCUAACAAUAUUUGAGCCUUCAUUUAUUGUUUGUUGAGGAUCUGAAGGAAAGAUAAGGCAAAUGUUUUUACUUCAGUAUAUUGUCAAGGAGAGUAAUCCAAAGAGGGUGUUUUUUUAUUUGAUGCUAUUGACUUUUUUUUUUUUUUUUUUUUUUUUUGAGAGGGAAAGAAAUUAUCUUCUCUGUAGUGAAACAGACCAAAAAAACUGACUCAAUAAGUGACUGAAAUGUACAGGAAAUGGAUCUGAGUGGAAUGUACAGAAAAUUACAAUUUAAGUGACUAUUAUGUACAGGAUGUUUAUUAUGAUUAAAUGAUCAAAGAAUGCCAAUGGACUUUAUUGUGUACAGAACUUUGGUAUUUUGUUUAUUUGGCAUAUCAGUGACAAAAAAUGUACUGGAAGCACUAGAAGAAGGCAGCAGAAAUUGCAAGUGUGUGUGUGUGUGUGUGUGUGUGUGUGUGUGUGUGUGUGUGUGUGUGUGUGUGUGUAAAACAAACAAUCAUAGAUGUUGCAAAAUUGGAAUUGUGCUUUUUGGGUGUGCACACAUUUUUAGGCAUUUCACUAAAUAGAGGACAAGAAAAUGAUAAUUAGAAUAUGAGUUCAUUCAUGAAGUCUCUCUCUCUCUCUCUCUCUCUCUCUCUCUCUCUCUCUCUCUCUCUCUCUCUCUCUCUCUCUCCACUUAAAGGCUGGCCAUAGUCUUGUUCAUCAUGACCACUAGUGGCAUUGAUCAUCUAUAGCAGGUCUAUAGUACAUCAGUGAGGGCUCUAAACAUUCUCAUACCUAUUUAAGCCCAAACCACAAAGAUCUUGUCUCUUCAAACUCGUGUCACAUACAGUACUUGUUUUCCUUCACCAUGACUGUUCAGAUAAUAAUUCAUUAGGGAAAAGUUACAUUAGUUUGAUCUUCAGGGAAAAAAAAUCUUAGCUGGAGUAAGGAGACUUAAGAAAUAAAAUUUAAUGAUAACAGAUAAGUGAAAAUCUAUCCUGAUGAUACUGUCUAAUGUGAUCUGUUUCAUACAUGAAGCCAAUAAGGGAAAGGAACCACUUGAAACUGUUGAAAAUGGUUUUUGCACAGCUAGAAAUCUGUAGUAAGAGACACAUAGGAACAGUUCCUCUUUGGUGCAGGGCUUACAGACACAUUAUCAGAGAACUGCACAUUGAUAUACUAUAGGUGAAGGUGUGAGGAGUCUGCCAAUCUGUCCCAUCCUGCUUGGGAGAUAAAAUCUAAGGCCUCUCAAUUAUCAACUGGGGAUGCUAGCCAUUACUAUAUUGGUAUUGAAUGAGAAGACUUACAAAUUCACUUCAAAUUACAUACUAUAUGCUAUAUUUAAUAACAACAUGAGCAGACAUAGAUUUAACAUUUGAGGCAAGAUUUGUUUAUCCUUGGUACCUCUGUAUGGGUUUCUCAGGGAAGGGGAUUUAUCUCAGUUAAUUGCAGUCAUGAAUGAUUGCCUCAUUUGUUCAUCAAGAAAGGCCCUUUAGAGUUUAGAUACUCAUUACUUGGCAUUUUAUGGUUUUGAGAUCUGCAUAUAUACUAUAUUAAGCUGAAUGAAAAAUCAUAAAAUUUCCACAGCACUUCAGUAUGUGUACCAAUUUUCUCUAGAUCCAUUGCUCAAAAGCAUGGAAGGUACAAGAUUGAUGCCUCAUGUUGCCCUUGCAAUCUUGCUUUGUCAUGUAAAGAAAUAGCUGGCAGAAAUGCAUAGCAGCUCCUCCCUACACUGAUUCAUAGAUGGAUCCUAUUUUCAUACUUUUGUACUUUUAUAUGCAGCAUUUUGCCAGCUUUAUUGAGUGUAUUUCACAGCUCAGAUCCUCUUCAAUCAUGAUUAAAUGUGUGUGUGUGUGUGUGUGUGUGUGUGUGUGUGUGUGUGUGUGUGUGUGUGUGUGUGUGUGUGUGUGUGUGUGUUAGAGUUGGGGCAAAGUGAAAUUAUGAAUGAGUGGGUUUAUAAAGUGCUUGAGUCCCACAUAGUUAACCUGUGCAAUGUCAAUGGUAAGCUUUCAGUAACUAACCAUGUACGUAAAUAAACUGUUGAAUAUAAAAAAAUUA